CGUAAUACGACAAAUAGCAGACUAUAUUAUUGUAUGGAGGAGUAAAUUCUACGGUUGCAUGAAUUAAAAAUGUUACUGUCUAGAACAAAACCUGCGGCCGGACCCGGAGUCGCACCCUCUAUCGAAUCACGUAGUAAAUCCAAAGUGCCUAGUUUGGAAGACUUUCUAAAGAAUAGAGAUUUUACGGGAGCGAUGACUUUAUUGGAGUUUGCAAAAAACAGUGGAAAGGGAAGUAUAGAAAAUGAUUUAUGGAUUAGUUAUUGUGCAUUUCAUUUAGGAGAAUAUAGACAUGCUAUGGAGAUAUAUGAAAAAGUAUUGAAAAAAGAUAAUGUGCCUCCUAUUGUAAAUAUAUACUUGGCAUGUUGUUAUUUUUAUUUGGGAAUGUAUAAAGAAGCUGAAAAUUUCGUUAAAAAAGGUCCAAGCUCUCAGUUACAGAAUCGUUUAUUAUUUCAUCUUGCUCAUAAAUUUGGAGAAGAAAAACAAUUAAUGACAUAUCAUCAGCAACUCCAAGAUAUUACAGAAGAUCAACUUUCUUUAGCAUCUAUACAUUAUCUACGAUCUCAUUAUCAAGAAGCUAUUGAUAUAUAUAAGCAUAUUUUAUUGGAUAACAGAGAUUAUCUUGCUCUUAAUGUGUAUGUUGCUCUUUGUUACUACAAACUUGAUUAUUAUGAUGUAUCACAAGAGGUCUUAGCAGUAUAUCUACAAAAUUUUCCUGAUAGUGCAACAGCAAUUAAUUUGAAAGCAUGCAAUCAUUUCAGAUUGUAUAAUGGAAAGGCAGCAGAAACAGAACUGAAAAGUUUACAAGAAAUGGCAUCACCUUCUUUUAAUUUUGCAAAAGAUCUUAUAAAACACAAUUUAGUUGUAUUUAGAGGAGGAGAAGGUGCCUUACAAGUAUUACCUCAUUUGGUAGAUGUGAUACCAGAAGCAAGAUUAAAUUUAGUAAUUUAUUAUCUUCGACAAGAUGAUGUACAUGAAGCUUACAAUUUAAUUAAAGAUUUGGAACCAGCUGUUCCACACGAAUACAUUUUAAAAGGAGUAGUAAAUGCAGCUAUUGGACAAGAACAAGGCUCUAGAGAACACUUAAAGGUUGCUCAGCAAUUUUUUCAAUUAGUAGGAGGAUCUGCCAGCGAAUGUGAUACCAUCCCAGGAAGACAGUGUAUGGCAUCAUGUUUUUUUCUUUUGAAGCAAUUUGAUGAUGUUUUAUUAUAUCUAAAUUCCAUCAAAAGUUAUUUUUACAAUGAUGACACGUUUAAUUUUAAUUAUGCUCAAGCAAAAGCAGCUACAGGAAAUUAUAAAGAAGCUGAAGAAAUUUUUUCUCUAAUUCAAAAUGAGAAAAUCAAAAAUGAUUAUGUUUAUUUAAGUUGGCUAGCCAGAUGUUAUAUAAUGAAUAAAAAAUCAAGAUUGGCAUGGGAAUUGUAUCUGAAAAUGGAAACUUCUGCAGAAUCGUUCAGUCUCCUUCAACUAAUUGCCAAUGAUUGUUAUAAGGUUGGUCAGUUUUUUUACGCUGCUAAGGCAUUUGAUAUUUUAGAAAAAAUGGAUCCAAAUCCAGAAUAUUGGGAGGGUAAGAGAGGAGCUUGUAUUGGAGUUCUUCAAAUGAUCAUUGCAGGAAAUGAACCAAAGGAAUCAAUACACGAAGUUUUACAAAUACUACGUAACACUUCUAAUCCUCAAGUCGAGAACAUUGUCCGAGCCAUGAAAAACUGGGCCAAAGAAAAUAGAGUUCCACUUUAAGAUCUUGAAAAGGCGGGAAGUUUUGGCUUUUCCAUCCAUUUAAGAGUAUGCAUUCCAUUCAUUAUUUUAAUAAAAAUAUCAAGAGCACAUUAUUUUAAUAAUCUGAUUGGAAUCUAAGCAUUCCAUUGUACUAGGAACUGCAAUUACAUCUUAAAGAAUUGUAAAUUUUCCACUUGUUCUAGUCAUAUCCACACAAUCUAAUUCUAGAGAUUUUUAAAGGUUAAACAUUUUGUAAAUCAUCAAAAUGGAGUUGAUGAAUUAUAAAUUAUUUAAUCUGAAAAUAUAUAUUUAAAAGAAAAUUUUGAAUUUCUUUUGUUUUUAAAGAACUGUAAAUAACGAAGUUUAAUAAAAGAAAAGAAAAAAAAACAGACAACUGUUUGCAUGGUGAUUACUUUAUUAAGUAGAUUAGGAAGUAUUAAAGUGAAAGGUAAUCUUUGUGCAGGAAGUCAAUUUUUUUGA